CCAAUGGGGACCCCAGUGGGGAAGUCGAUGUUGGUGCUUCUCGUCUCUUUGGCCUUCGCCUGGUGCUGCAUUGCUGCUUACCGCCCCAGCGAGACCCUGUGCGGUGGGGAGCUUGUUGACACGCUUCAGUUUGUCUGUUCGGACCGCGGCUUUUACUUCAGCAGGCCUUCAAGCCGUGCCAACCAUCGUCGCAGCCGUGGCAUCGUGGAAGAAUGUUGCUUCCGCCGCUGUGACCUGGCCCUCCUGGAGACAUACUGUGCCACCCCCGCUAAGUCUGAGAGGGACGUGUCAACUUCUCUGGCCGUGCUUCCGCGCCUCCUCUUCAGGACGACUUCCCCAGAUACCCCGUGGGCAAGUUUUUCCAAUAUGACACCUGGAGACGGUCCUUCCAACGACUGCGCAGAGGCCUGCCUGCCCUCCUGCGUGCCCGCCGGGGUCGCAUGCUCGCCAGAGAGCUCGAAGCGUUCAGAGAGGCCAAGCGUCACCGUCCCCUGAUCGCCUUACCACCCAUCGAUCCCGCCCACGGGGGAGCCUCUUCGGAGACGUCCAGCAGUCAUCAGUGAACCAAAUUGUUUGGUAAUUCUGCAAUGUAAUACCAUCACUCUGUGGCCUCCUCUUGAGCAGGGACAGUUCCAUCAUGUCCCACACUAAGAUCUCUCUGCUCCACUUCCUUCCCUAGGCUCCCCCUCCCUCCCCCCAUGCCCCGCCUCCCCACAUCAGGCUACUUUGCCCCACACCAUCGGGCAAGCAAACGCUUCAAAACCAAAUCAAUUGGCUCUAAACAACUAAACCAAAUUGAUUGGCUCUAAAGAACCCAAAAAUUUUUACACCCCCAAAUUAUUCUAAAAAAAUCUUUAAACAAAUUGUCCCUUUAAAACAAAUUGGCUUUUUAGAAACACCAGAACCAUUAAUUAAAAAAUUAAAUAACAAAAGAAAUCAAUUGGCUAAAAACAAACUAAAAAUUAAUUGGCUUAAAAACAAUUGGCAAAAUAAAAUAAUUCGGCCCCCCCCUCCUCUUCUUCCCAUUUGGAUCUUUAGUCAAAUUGGCUUAGACUUGGAUCUCAGAACCCAAGAAGAAAGGAAGGGGACCCAAAACUUUCCAGGUGGCGUGUCAUGCUUCAGUGCCCUCUCCUUGUCACCACUCAGAUAGGGUGCUUUUAGCUUAAGCUGGCUGAGAACAACAAAGGCCACCCAAACUCUUUCUUCACUGGCCAUUCCAUCACAAAUGUCAUCAUGUCACCACCGGGCUGGGUGAGAGAACCCAAGGAAAGGAACAGAGUAUGAAAACUGGAAACAAAACUUAAUUGGCACAAGCCCCCAAGUUCCAAAAUUCUCACUUAUCUGUACCUACCUAAAAAGCACUUUUAUACUCAUCCCUGCAGACACACAGACAUGCACGCACACACACACACACACACACACACACACACACACACACACACACACACGCACAUACACACACGCAC